AUGCUCGACUCGAACGCCAAAGUCUACAUCGCCUGUAGCUCGGUUUUGUACGUCAAGUUCCUCUUGGCGACAGCCAUUCAAGGCGCGAAGAAGUACGCGUCAGGUGGUCGACCCCCUGAAGAUGCCGCCCUCGGUCUAGCUCGAACGAUGGGGAAAGGCCGUAAACAGACGCACGGGCUUGGGAAGACGGACGAUGAAAAGGUCCUCAAGGCCCGAGAAGUGGAGCUCCGCUGGACCCGAAUCGUGGGCAACGACUUGGAAUCGAUUCCGUUUGCCCUCUGUCUCUUUGGAGGCGGCGUCUUGGUCGGGAGCGACUCGACGGUUCACGCCAGUGCCAUGAUCGGGUACACGAUCAUCCGGUGCCUGCACACUUACGUGUACGCACACGCCCUGCAGCCGCAGCGUGGCAUUUGCUGGGCUCUUGGGGUUCUGGCCACUUUGGUUGGCGCGGGCAAUGCCAUUGCCGCUAUUCUGUAG